UCUUUUCUCUGUCAACCUAUUAACUGGUUGUGGAAUGGAGUGCAUUUGAAUGCUUUGUUGGUUUAAUAAUCGGUUAUUUGAAUUUUUCAGAUUGGUAUGCAAAUAAGAUCAUAAAUAUACUGAAGGUUUACCCAGGACAACAUAUGAAUUUGGGUCAAUACGGUAGAUGGAUGGACAAUGGAGAAAAGGAUGUUAUGACAAUAGAAGAAGUUGAAAUUACAAUGGGGUGUAAAGACACGGCGACUAUCAAGGAAUUGGCUGAGAAAUGGUUGAUAACUCCUGAUGAAUUGAGACUUGCCAUGAAUAAGGACAAUGUGAAUGACCGUGUUACACUCAAAGAAUUUGUGGCCUUCCUCAACAAGAGAGUGGAAUCUUUUGUACCUUCAGAUAGAAGCUUGGAAAAUGAAUAAAUAAGUGGUAAUCAAAUUCAAUGGAAAAUUUGCCAAUAAUAUGGCUCAAGUUUCGGCGCAACCCAGUCUUUCCGACUAAGAAAUAAUAGUUUGUGGAUAAACACCAGUGAAAUUAUGAAAGAAUAUAACCUUAAACUCUUACUCUGGAUCGUGAAUUAGGGAUUUGUUGAAUGAAACAAGAUAUCAAUAAGUUAUUCCUGAAUUAUUUUGAGACUUCAAAUAAACAUGAAUAAAAUAAAAUAGUAAUAAUGCUGAGAAGCCUCAUGAAUGAAACAAAAUGAAAUAUGAAAUGAGCUCCAAAAACUAAAUUGAAUCAAAAAUAUAAUCAUUUCAUGAAUUUGAAUAAAUGAGAUGUAAUCUCAAAAACUACUAAGAUAUUAUUUAUUUAAUGAAUUAGAAUUGAUAUAUACAAUUAUCAAUAAAUUUUAUAUCUCUUAAAAUGUUCAAAACUAAAAUUCAAUAGCAAUACUUUGGAAUAAAUUUAGAAUCUAGAUAAUUGAUUGAAAAACGUUUUCUCUGAAACUACUAAUUAGUUGAAACCUACUUGAAAAAAGGAGGACACAGGAAAAUCCACUCUUUCUGGCUAGUGAAGUCACAAAUCAAAAUUGAAGUUCAGAAGAAUGUGUUGAAAAUAAAAUUGAGGAUAAGACUUACUAUAGUGAGGUCCACGUUAUAAUGGCAGUGUACGAUUGACAAUACUAUUUCUCUCCUUUUCUAUCAUGCAACAAAACAAAUAGCCCUAUCUCUCUCUAGCUUUGCAAUGUUGUCAGUUUGCCAGAAUAUUUUAUUUUUACUUUUGACAGUGACUGUACAAAAGUAACUCAGCCGCCAUUUUUUCCUUCAUUCUAACAAAAUACAUUGGUACACAAGUUGUAUAAUAUUGAUUUUUGAAACAAUGAAAUAAUUUUUAGACAUUACCGUAUGAGAAACACAAAUUAAAAUACCUGGAAUGACAUAUCUUGAAAGUUGAUAACUAACCAUCCUAGAGAUGCUUCAGUUAGCCUACAACUAACCUAUAACCUAUAAGGUUAGACCUACUUGUACCAGUAUAAAUAAAAUUGAAAGGUUAUUCCAGAAUUAUUUCCAUGGAAUUACUCAUUUUGGAUAGGAUUCAUAUUUUUCUAUCAUUUGUAAAAGAAAUUUGAAUAGAAUACCUACCAAAUAACUUAAUUUCUGUUGUUUUAAAAUUCAGAUUGGUGUAUCACAGCUGUUUAAAUUAGCUGCCUUUUCAGGUCAGUAUAAAAAUAAGAAUCUAAUCUCAGCUAUGGAAUAAAAUUCUUGAAUCAAAUUAUGAAAAAAUAAAUUUCUUGAUUAAUUUGACAUUGAAUUAAUUAUUUUAUCAAGGGAAAGAUUAUUAUUAGGUCAAAAUUAAUGAGAUGAAUUGAGUAACAGCUGUGUACAUUCAGUGGCAAAAUGGAGAGACUUGGCAACGUUUUUCUCCUAUCUUUUUCCACUGCCAUUAUAACUUGGACCUCACUAUAUAUGGUUCAAUCACAUCACUCUCCUAGGAAUUGUGAUAUCUGAUGCUGCUGUCUGCUUAUCCCAGUGAAUACCUCAACACAGGACACUUGACACCUCUCAAUCACCGAUUUUUCAAGACUGGGCUUGGGACAUUCUCGAUCCUCCAUUUCUAUAGUUAAUCAUUUCAAAUUAAUCAAGAAAAUAUAUUUGUUUUGAAUUCGAUUCAAAAAUUUGCUUUCAUAACUGAGAUCAGAUUUCCAUUUUUAUACAAAUCUGAAAUGGCGGCUAAUUCGAAAAGCU